AACUCCUUUCCUCCAUCAAAUAUCCCAAACUUAUUAUAUCUCCUUAAUUAGUUCCUACACACACACACUGUGCCCCGAGUAACAAAACUACUUUUUCUUUCCAUUUCUUCUUUACUCGCUAGUGUAUAGAAAUUCUAGUGGAAUUUCCUUCCUAAUCACUUUCUCCAUCAACCGCGUCCCUUACUAUAAUUUUCACAUUGUUUGGUUUUCUUAAUUUCCUUCUAUAAAUAACCCUUCAUUUGUCCCUUCAUCAUAACGCCAAACACAAUCCACCCAAAAGCUAUCCCUCAAUUCUUAGGUAUGGAACAGUGCAAAACUUACAAAAACAGUAACAAACGAACCCUAGACGAGUCGGGUUUGGACUCAGUCUCCGACAUGCCUGAGUCAAAGCGAGUUCACACCGAGCCAAAUGCAAGUGAUGCUGACGUGGACCUUGACUCACCUGAAACCAAGCAAAUCAGAGAAGACAUCCUGGACAUCCUAGACGAGCCUGAAACAGUAACAAAUGAUGUACCAGGAAUUCAAGACCUUGACUCACUAAUUAAGAGUUUUGAAGAAGAGAUCAUUAAUCCACGUCACAACUUCGUUGACCUAACGUCAUCAGAUUAUUCAGGCGAUUCCCAAUCGGACCUCGGCUACCUUCUAGAAGCUUCAGACCAUGAGCUCGGCCUACCGCCCACAUUUGAUGAGAAUACGAUCGGAUUUGAUGACGAGUUACUGAGAUAUGACUCGUUCGACUUAGGGAUGAUUGCCGGAAUCAUGGAUGGAGAUAAUUACCACGGUGAAAAUGACGGUGAUUUUUUUACAGUGGGCGGGUUAUUCGAUUACCCCAAUCAGUCUAAUUUUUCCGAGUCCCUACCGGCUUUGUAGAAAUAUGCGUUUCUUUUCUGUCCAUGAUAGCUUAUAGUUUGUACAUCUUAAAAUUAUAGUUUGGAGGAUCAAAUUAUAUGUGUUAUGAAAUAUAUAGAAUGGAUGUCCACUACACAAAUAUAAUGUCUCUUCCAUUAUCUUCCACCAUCUUAAUGGUUCUUCAACCAUCUUAAUGGUUUUUCCAUUAUCUCAUAUAUUGAAUGCAUAUGUAGCACUAUAAAUAGAGACAUAAGUUUUCAAGACUUGAACACAUUUGGAUGAAUAAGAAAGCUCUCCUCUUUUAUCACUCUA